UAUCAUUAUCUAUUAAUCAUUGCCACUGAACAGUCUACAACGCGAAAUGCUGAAGAAACCAAGUACACAUAUCUCUGCAUUGGGAAACCUGCUACCAACACAUCCAGGAACACUUAGUUAUACUAUAUUCCUGCAUAGCAAAGAAGUGAAAAAUCGCGAUCCCCGUAAUUUCAAAAGCUGUGUGCGAAUAGCCAUGUCGAAAUAUUACGUAACCGAAAAGUCGAUUGCCCAGAUGAAAGCAAAGGUGUAUUGGCCAAGUCCUGAUGAAAUUCAAACACUUCGUCGGGAGCAAAUGUACUGCGAUCAUUUAAAGAACCAGCUAGGGGUUAUAAAUUGCCAGCAGCAAAAGAGGCUAUCUCUUAAGAUGGAGGCGCUACAGUGGAGGAUGAAGGAAGGGGAGGAUUUCAAGAUAAUAAAAGAUGAAAUGGACGAUAACCAAAUUUUUACAAAAAGUUUGGGAGAACUGUCGGUCCGACCGGAUCCCGAUCCCAAACCCCAUAUAAUGACAUCGGCAGAAACUCUUGAUUAUAAAGUGAUGACAAACCGAUGUGAGCAUUCUGCACAAAUUACGAUGCCAUCAAAGCUCAAUAAUGAAAAACAAGUAGCAAAACCAUCAGGAGAGGAUUUCAAGCUAAUAAAAGAUAAAAUGGACGAAAGCCAAAUUUUUACAGGAAGUUUGGUAGAAUUGUCGGACCGACCGGAUCCCGAUCCCAAACCACAUAUAAUGACAUCGGCAGGAACCCUUGAUUAUAAAGUUACGAUGCCAUCAAAGCUGAAUAAUGAAAAACAGGUAGCAAAAUCAUCAGAUGAUAUAAGGCCGCCACCAAAGGAGAAAUCACAGUUCAGAAAUGCAAAACUUACAGCGCCGCAGAUCCAUAAGGAUGCGAAUAGAAAACGCUUUUCACAACUAACGAAGUUACCACCUAAAAAUAUAAAUCGAUUAACUAUGACUCGAAGAAAUUUUCGCCAAAUUUUGGCACCACGUGGACACUUUUGAGCUUAAAAAGAUCAGCAUUACUACUAUUAACUGUUAGCUUAU